AAUGAAGGAAAGUGCGCCUGAGCAGCACCGCUCCACGUGAAUUAGUGUGAAAAUGGCGGCCGUUCACGAUCCAGAGAUUCAACUGGCACAAAAGUUAGCCUCAAACGAAAAGCCCAUUCGAACAAAAGCAUUAAAAAAGCUAAAGAAGUAUAUAAAUGUCAGAUCACAGAAACUGACGGAUGGCUUUACGAGUGAAGAAAUGCUCAAGCUGUGGAAAGGUCUGUUCUACUGCUUGUGGAUGCAGGACAAACCACUUUUACAGGAGGAGCUUUCCAACUCUGUUUGCACACUGAUUCACACCUUUCAUGACAUUGAUGGACAACUAUUAUAUCUGGAGAGCUCCCUUAAGACCUUCAAAAGAGAGUGGACUGGCAUUGACAGACUACGAAUGGACAAGUUUUUCCAGCUGAUCCGCUUCAUGUUCAGACAAAGCUUUGAGAUGCUGAAGAGAAACAAUUGGGAUAGCAGUGUGGUCUCAAGAUUUCUGGAGCUCUUUGCAACAGAGCUCCUGAACAGUGGCAACGGUGCACCUGCUGGUCUGCAGUUUCAUAUCUUGGACCUUUACUUGACGGAACUAGGAGCUGUGGGUGCAUCAGAGCUCACUGCUGACCAGAACCUGAGAUUCAUCGAGCCAUUCUGCAAAACGGCAGCCAAGACCAAGGAUCGGACACUUUUCCGAGCGAUCUGCAACAGCAUCUUCAACACAAUUAUUGACCAGGCUCCCUAUGCCAUUGAGGAUCUGAUGAGGGAGCUGAAAGAAGCAGAGUCCUCUGAUUCAGGCCAGUCCUCUGAUGAUGAAGAGGACCCCGUGAAGCAGAUUAACGGCAGUAAAUCAUACUUGAAACAGGGUGCUCAUGAAUCAGGAGACUCCGACACAGAGUUACAAUUUGAUGAUGAUGAUGAUGAUGAUAAUACAGCACCAGUUCUACAGUUUGACUAUGCAGCUCUUGCUGACAAGCUCUUAGAGGUGUCAAUUCGAAGUAGCACACCCAGCCACAAUAGAGAGAGGCUCUACAAAAUCAUCAAAGUGCUGCAGGAUCUCAGUGAAGGUCUAUUUCCUCAAGAUGGCUAUCCAGAGGAAGUCUCUACAGAUGAGGAUGAUGAAAUGUUUGCCAGCAGAAAGAAGAUGAAGCGUGGAAAUGCAAGGAAACUUUGAGGAAACGGCUAAGAAUC